UCCUCCAGGCUCCCUUUCUCCCAGAUCGAGGCUGCACUCCUCUCUCCGUUUCUGUCCGUCUCACUUCCACAAGAGACAGCCGGGGGUCUCUCGGGGUCGAAGGUUCUGCCCUGCCUGCUCCAGCCUCAACCUUUACAGCCGCUCGAUCUGCGUUCACUCUCUAUGGAUCGGCGUCUCUAACAGCGCAGAGGGCAAGCCCAGGACACCUCGGUCGGCGGAAAGAUCGAGGCCUGCUGAGGGGUCUACACCAGUUCCCAAAGGGAGGUUCUGAAGGAUGCCUGCUGUACAGCCCAGCCCUGGAUCCUGGUGAACUGCUCAUGUCCAAAAGGCAGGAGGAUGGCUCAUGGAAUUCCAUCCCAGGGCAAGGUGACCAUCACUGUCGAUGAGUACAGCUCCAACCCUACCCAGGCCUUCACUCACUACAACAUCAACCAGAGCCGCUUCCAGCCACCCCACGUCCACAUGGUGGACCCCAUCCCAUAUGACACUCCCAAACCGGCAAGUCACACGCGUUUUGUCUGCGUCUCUGACACACACUCGAGGACAGAUGGCAUCCAGAUGCCAUACGGGGACGUAUUACUCCACAUGGGCGACUUCACCGAACUGGGACUUCCCUCUGAGGUUAAGAAGUUUAACGACUGGUUAGGCAGCCUACCUUACGAAUUCAAAGUAGUCAUCGCGGGUAACCAUGAAUUGACAUUUGACAAGGACUUCAUGGCUGAGCUGGUCAAGCAGGAUUACUACCGUUUUCCCUCCGUGUCCAAGUUGAAACCAGAGGACUUUGACAAUGUGCAGUCACUCCUUACGAACUGUGUAUACCUACAGGACUCCGACGUAACAGUCAAGGGAUUUCGAAUAUAUGGGACACCUUGGACACCCUGGUUCAAUGGGUGGGGGUUCAACUUGCCCCGGGGCCAGUCUCUAUUGGACAAGUGGAACCAGGUACCAGAGGGCAUUGACAUUCUCAUGACCCACUGCCCCCCGCUCGGUUUCCGGGACUGGGUCCCAAAGGAGCUCCAGAGGGUGGGGUGCGUGGAGUUGCUCAACACCGUGCAAAGGAGAGUCCGCCCCAAGCUCCACGCCUUUGGGGGAAUUCACGAAGGGUAUGGCAUUAUGACAGACGGGUACACAACCUACAUCAACGCCUCCACCUGCACAGUUAGCUUCCAGCCGACCAAUCCUCCCAUUGUGUUUGACCUGCCCAACCCUCAGAGCUCCUGAAAUCACCAGGGAG